GUGGCAGUGGUCCAUAUUUUCGGCCGGGACAGUAGCACGACCAGCAGCAGCGAAAGUGAGAAAUAACUCCGUGAACUGGGAUAAUUCUGACCGCGAGGACUGAUGAGCGAGUAAAAACACAUAUGAAGGGCAGCAGGAUGAAUGUGGAGACUCUCAGUAAAGCUGAACUUCUGAUGCUGCUCAGCAUUCUGGAAGGAGAACUGGAAGCACAAGAUGUAGUCAUACACACACUCAGGGCACAACAGAGAGAUGCAUUUGUACAAGAACGAUAUGGACAUUACAGCCUUCGUGACCCCUUCAUAGCUCUGCUGAGAGACAGCGAGCUGACUCAGGCUCAGGAUGAUGGAGAGCAGAGUCCCGUGUGUCUGAACCCGCUGGGAGUGUUGAAGCUAGUGAUGGCCCACUGCACCAACAUGAAGGAGAAAAUGAUGAAACAGCUCGCUGCUGCAGAGAGGAGACACAGACGGGUAAUAGCAGAUUUAGAAGAAGAGAAACGACGGCGUGCUCAAGACAAUGCUGCGGGUGAUGACAUCACUGCCAUGCUGGAGAAGGAACGAGACAGACUUCAGCAACAGCUGGAGUUUGAGAGGGCUCAAGUCGAGCGUUUAAAACACGAGCGGUCAGUCCUGUCGAAUCAAGCUGAGGAGGAUUUAGCGCAGCAGCAACAGUUAUCCUCGACACUGGCGAAAGAAUGUCAGAAGGCUACAGCACGGGCAGAGGAGGAGAGCCAGCGUGUUGCAGAGCUCAGCCGCCAGCUGGAACAGGAGAGCAGUACCAUCAAAACCCUAAAGGGAGAGCUGGAGAGCGAACACGCUCAUGCUCAGCAGAUAGAGGCGAGAGCUGAGAGAAAGCUAGCUGAAUUGGAUACAGAGCGCGAGCAGAUGAGAGGGAAACUACUGAAGGAAGAAAAACGAUAUCUGGAGCUUUUGGAGAAGUUCAAUAGCCUAAAAAAAGAGUUGGAUGAAAUGAAAGAAAGAGAAAAGGCAGCACUGGAAAAAGACAAUGAAGAAAAGGUAAAAACUGUGCAGAAAGCAACCACAGGGAUCACGCCUCUUCUUAGUCAAAAAGAAGUUGAUGGCAAAGUCAUUGCAUCUAAAUCCUCUCCGCAACCCAAGCUAAAUGGCCACCACACUCCCAGAGAACCAGAGUCUCCAGCAGACGAGAGGUGCAAGGAAAUGGGAUCAGCAGACAAUUGGGUAGUGCUCCCUGGAGGAAGUGGAGCCUUGCAGUGUCUCUCCCCCAGCAGUCCUGCCUCGUCCUCCCUUAGCUCAUCUCCUUGCUCAUCCCCAGUACUAACCAAGCGUCUGGCCUCUAUAGGCUGCUCUAGUCCGACCUAUCCAUCCUCCUACCAGGCCAGCAUCAACCAGCGAUUCCAAGCAGCACGCCACAAGUUUCAGCAGCAAGCUGAGGCAGAGCAGCAUCAUGGAGCAUCUAUUGUCCACUCACCUCGAGACUUGUCUCCUACUGCAGCUGCUCCUACUACUCCAGACAAUUGUACUGCAAAGCAGAUUGCCCGCAACACUGUCACUCAGGUGCUGUCACGGUUCACGAGCCAACAAGCAACAAGUAAACUCCCUCCGUCCAACAGCUCCCCCUUUGGCACCGAUUACCGCAGCCUGGCCGCAGCCUCUUCGCCAACAGGGAAGAGCCCAGGGGUUCUUUCACCAGGGAUCCGCUCACCAAUUAUUCCUAGGGCGGAAAAGAUUAAUCCAGCCCCUGUUCCUCCUAAAAAGCAGGGGGUCAACCAGUCUCCUGGCUCUCCUGUUCCUUCUGGCAGGGCUAGCCACUUCCCCGAGCUCUCUGGGAGCUGUGGUCUCACCAGUGGCCAGGAAGAUGCAAAAGAGCUUGACUUGGUCAUGUCAUCAUCUAGUUAACCAGCCUGGAGUUCACACCUGUUCUUAGCCUUCUCCACUCCAUUCCAUCCAAUGGCAUCUAUAGCACUCUUGGGAACCUCAAGGUUCUUUUAGAUGACAAUAAGGGUUCAAAUAAUACUUGUCAAUUCUUGUCCUUAAAGGGAUAGUUCACCCAAAAAUGAAAGUUCUGUUAUUAAUUUCUUACCCUCAUGUCAUUCCAAACCUGAAAGACAUUCAUUCAUCUUUGGAACACAAAUUAAGAUAUUUCUGAUGGAAUCUGAGAGUUUGCUGACCCUCCAUAAAGAGCAAUGAAAUUACCAUGAUCAAUGCACAGAAACGUAGCAAGGACAAUUUUUUGUGUGCAAAGAAAACAAUAAUAACAGUUUAUUCAGCAAUUAUUCUCCCCAAGUUACCAUCUUCCGCCAUUUUGGAGUGUAUCCCAGAACGUAAUCAACGUAAUGAGAGUUGUUUAGGUUCAGCAAGCACGUGCUUUCUCUGAACAUAACGGCAGAAGACGGUAACUCAGGGAACAGUCCAUUUAAGUACCUCGUUUUGGAUGUCUCCUUAUCUGAACCAGUUCAGGUCUUGGAUCAUUUACAAAUGAGCAAAUGUGGUAAAGAAAGACAUCCAGAAUGUGGAAUAAUACAAUACUGUGGGACUGAAAACCACUGGUCUGAAAGGGCAGCCAAUCCUUCUUCUGGAGAACUACCUUUCUGCAGAAUUUUGCUCUAACUUUAAUCAAACAACCCUGAACCAGCUAGCCAACUUGUUCAGGAUUACUUGAAGAUAAAAGGGAGGUUGUGUAACUGAGGUUAUGGAUCCGGAAAAUUGCCGGAACAUUGUUGGGUUGCCUUCUGUGUGAAUGCAAACAUGUCCUGGGAUAGAUUCCGGGAUUGACCCGUGUGUCGUAGAGAUGACGCACAUUGUCGCUCAACUUUUUUACCAGGUGUUUUGAAGGCAGAUCAGUGUUUGCAACAAAAAAAAAAAAAAAAUGAAUGUGCAGAAUCUAGCGACCCGGUAACAAUUGCCGGGACACAUUACCCCGUGACACAUUUCCGGAAUCGCAGUGUGAAAGGGGCUAUAGUCUAAAUUCUGUUGAAAGGUGGUCGUCCAGGAGCACGAGUAAGAGUAAGGCUGGCCACACACUACAUUUUUCAAAUCUUAACUCAAAGAUGGUUUUAAUCGUUUGAGCCUUAUAAUCAUUCCAUCUCGAUCCAUCUUCUAUCAACAGAUCUCCCAAAUCAUAUGGGUUAGAAAACCGGCCUUAAAAUCUUCUAGUGUGCAGGCGGCUUAACUGCACACAGAGGUGAUGCCUCACUGAAAACCUUCGGUAUCCCAGAAGAAACCUUAGCCUGAGCCCAACCCAUCCUUACUGUAUGAAAAGUUUGAAAGGAACACACAGUCAAGCUCUUAAAUACUACUCCUGUAAGAUCAAAUCUAUUGAAAUAUUAUUUUAACCUGUCUUUUAAUGUUUUAUUGUGUUUUUAAUUUUUACAAAAUUAUUUUUUAUUUAUCCUAAAACGUAACUAUUAGUCAAUUCCUGAUGACCUGCACAGAAAAAAAAAUAAUAAUUUAGUAUAUAAAGUAAAGACUAUUCUAAACAAAUAGUGAUUAACCAAGUCUUCAGCCAAUCGGUCAGUUUUAGCCUGGUAAUACUGUCUUAAUCUGUGUCUGGCGAAUGACUGACAUUUAUAUUAUGUUUAUGGUAAAUGUAAAGUAUUGCUUUUCUCACAAGCAGUAAUAUAAUAUGAUGUGCAGUUGAUGUUGAUUUCCAAAAUCUAUUUAGAAAUUAACUACUGGAGAUAUGAACUGAUAUGAAACAGUUAUGGAAAAACCUCUGUCCUACUGUAUUGCGCCAUGACUACGUUGUCCUCUAGUGUCAAUCUGAAGCACUGCUCAGGAAGCUGCCACCUGGUGGUUGGGAAGCAUUAAACAACAGCCAAACCAGAGUACCUUCUCUUUAAAUGAAGAUUAAAAAUGUAAUUCUUCUCAUGGGACAUGAUAGUUAACAAUAUUAACAAUUGAGUCAAAAUGUUAUGUUCUGCGAAUGUAAGUCUGGGUCUAAUAACCAUGCCUGGAUGUAUUAUUCCAUCACUGAUUUUUUUGUUACUACUUACUGUAGUCUUAUCUUGAAAUGUUAAAUUUUUAUUAAAUAUUAGGGGUAGAACCUAUAGCACCAGUUUACAUGACUCCCAACCAUGGUAAAAGCACAAGCGAGUAACGUCAUCAUUUAAUGAUUACUUUACCCCGGGACUUAUUUUUCUUACCAGUGUCCUUCUUGAAGCCUUUUGAUGUUUUAACUUUUUAGUAUAAAAAUAGACAUGAUUUUAUAUUUGAGUAAAACUCUUGCUGGCAUGAAUACGCUUAUGAGAGAACGAAGUAUGUUGGGUUUUUAUGAGUAAAUGUGGUGCAUGUAUCUGUCCUGUGCUUCAUAGGUUUCAGCUGCUCUACUGUCAUUUAAUGUUUCUGUUUUUAAAUACCUCACCGUUUCUCCUACUGUACUGAAUCUUAAGUAGCAGUUUAGAUUUUAACUACUGGAAUCUUUGUUUUUUUGUGCAUCAAUAAACCUGAACUGACACUUGGAA